AAAAUGUCUGCUCAUACAAGUCCUAAAAACUCUUUUCUAAGUUCUGCUCGUACAAGACCUUAAACAGCUGUUACCAGUCCUAGAAGACCUUAGCUAUAGUAAUUUAAUAUAAUAUGUUAGAAUAUCUAUCCCAAAUGAUGAUUAAGAUCAAUAACAAUAAAUCAACAAAUAUACUGCUACUACAAGUCUCACACCAAAAAGUUUAAUGAAGUUAUAAGAAAGAAAAGUCAAAGUAGAACACAGAUCUGAAAAUGUGUCUUGCAAUUUAAGAGUUACUAAAGAAUAAGCUGAAAUUGAUCCACCAGACGAUUACUUUGAAAAAGAAGUUUAAAUCAAUCAAGAUGAAUAUGAAUAAUUCAAGAAGAACUUUCAUAGAAUUGUUUUCGACGCUUUUGGAAAUUAUAUUUAUACUAAACCUGGACCUAUUGAUGAAGAAUUUAAACUUUAAGUUUCUGUAAAAUUAAAUUAUAAAUAAAGUCAGCAUUGAAUACACAUAAGCAUACUUCAAGGAGUCUUAAAAAAAAACUUUAAAUUAAAACUUAAAGCUUCUAACCAAAAAAAACUAUUGAUAAUUUAGUCAAAAGUACAUCAGAAAUAGCUAAAAUGAAUCCAAGAAGAAAAGCCAUUUUGGACAUUAAAUAAAAAGCAGAAAACUCUCUUUAUUCAAUGAUUAACAAUCUGGCUAAAGAAAAAGUUCUAAAUGAAUCCAAAUCUUAAUUAGAAUAAGUUACACAAUAAAUGCUUACAUAUAUUGAUAAAUUUACAAGAGAAAAGUAUUAUUUUUUCUAUAAUUAGUUAAGAACUUAUUGAUUAACUUGAAAUGGCUAAAGGAAAAAUUUUUGAAUUAUAAAGUUCUAAUGAAAGCUUAAAUUUUAAGAAUAUCUAAUUACUUAAAGAAAUUAAGAAUUCUAAAUAAUAAUUGGAUGAACUAAAAAGAAGUACUGUAGAAAUUGAAAAAUUCAUUCCUCAAUUUAAUAUUAUGACAAAAAGAUUUGAAAACUUUUAAGCUGAAAAAUUUAUUGAUAAAUAUGAUUAUUUUGAAAAUUAAAACUUGCUCCUUACUAAAAGAGUAUCAGAUUUAGAAUUAGAUAAUAUAUAACUUGAAAAAUAAAUUUAACAUUUACAAAAAGAUUUAGAAAUCAAACAACAAAUAAAAAAAAAUCAAUAUGAUAUGAAUUUUAAUUCCACUACAUAUAAUUAAGAUGCACCAGAUUAAGAUUAUGAAUAGUAUAAAGAAAUGUAUUUGAACUUGUUUAAGAAAAUUUUACAAAUUUAUAGUGAUUGGACUAGCAAAUCUAAGGCUCUUUUACCUGAUAAAAUGGAUGGAGGACCAAGAGCUAAUUUAGUUGAGCCUUUAGAAAUGUUAUAAAAUAUGGAAAAAAUGAUAACCAUUUCUUCAAAUGAAAAACUUCAAUCCUAUUUAAGAAAAAUUAUAGUUAGUGCUAAUUAAUUAUAAAGAAAGUAUCUAACUGAAAAUGUCAAUGAAAAAUUUGAUCCUGACAAGAUUUAUGAGAGAAUAAUUAAAUUAGUGGAUAAUUUAAAGGCUUAGAUUUCUAAUUUACAAUGUUAAGUGCAGAGUUAUAAAUAAUCUUAGAAUGUAUUUUAAAAUAUAUUUAUAUAGUGUUUAACCCAAGUUCAAACAUAAAGAUCAAAAUCUUUUCUACAUGAAAAAGAAUAUAUAUCGUCAUGA